ACGAACGACGCCACUAGGGGCGGGCCGUAGAGGGGCGCAAGCGCACUGCGUUGGGAGUCUCGGGACCCUUUUCGGAGAGACUAUGGCGCUCAACAAGAAUCACUCGGAGGGCGGCGGAGUGAUCGUCAACAACACGGAGAGCAUCCUGAUGUCUUAUGACCAUGUGGAACUUACAUUCAAUGACAUGAAGAACGUUCCCGAGGCCUUCAAAGGGACCAAGAAAGGCACCGUCUACCUUACCCCUUACCGGAUCAUCUUUCUGUCCAAAGGCAGAGAUGCCAUGCAGUCCUUCAUGAUGCCGUUUUAUCUGAUGAAGGACUGUGAGAUCAAGCAACCCGUGUUUGGUGCAAAUUACAUCAAGGGAACAGUGAAGGCUGAAGCAGGAGGUGGAUGGGAAGGCGCUGCGUCCUACAAGUUGACCUUUACAGCAGGGGGCGCCAUCGAGUUCGGACAACGGAUGCUACAGGUGGCAUCUCAAGCCUCCCGAGGCGAAGCCCCCAAUGGAGCCUAUGGGUAUUCCCACAUGCCCGGCGGGGCCUAUGUCUUUCCCCCGCCAUUCGCCAAUGGAAUGUACCCCUGCCCUCCUGGCUACCCCUACCCACCGCCCCCACCUGAGUUCUAUCCGGGACCGCCCAUGAUGGACGGGGCCAUGGGGUAUGUGCAGCCUCCCCCACCGCCCUACCCUGGGCCCAUGGAACCUCCAGUCAGCGGCCCUGAUGUCCCCUCCACUCCGGCAGCUGAAGCCAAGGCUGCGGAAGCGGCGGCCAGUGCCUACUACAACCCGGGCAACCCGCACAACGUCUACAUGCCCACGAACCAGCCUCCGCCGCCUCCCUACUACCCGCCAGAAGAUAAGAAGACCCAGUAGACCCCUCCCGCCCCUGCCUCCUACCCCUCAUCACUCUCCCCUCCCCUUCCCUUCCCCUCGGGGCUGAGACUGGGGCUGGGGGGUGAGGGAAGGGCCUUGUUCUUCCUCCAGGUCUGAUUAUAAAUCACUUCCCAGGAACUCGUGUUGAGGGAAGGGGGGGCCCUUGACUCGGGAGCCGUGCCUCCCCACUUCUAGCUCGGAGCCCGUGGCACUGCUCGGAGCGCUUCCCUCCCGCUGUCUCCGGAGCUCUGCUCGGAGCACGGGCCUCGUCUCGUUCCUGUCUUGCUCUAGUAGCUUCUGCCCACGGAGGGACUCUCUGGCCACCUCCUCUUCCGCAGUCCAGCUCCCUCGUUUUGGAAUCCACUUUCUACUCUGCCUUGUGAACUCCCUCAGACCAGCCUCCCGUCUUCCUGGGGGCCCCCGCCGGGCCCCCCCACAUUCCCUCCGCUCCGGCCUGUGCCUCACCGUGGAAGGCCACCUUCCCGCCGGACUGUCAGCCCACAUUCCGAUCCCAGCCAGCCUCCAGCCCGGUCACGCUCACCUUCCCCUCCCUGUCCUGUCCUUGGUCACCUGUUGCCACCACUUUGACUUGGGGAGCUUCCACGCGAGUGUCCAAGGGGUGGGCGGCGUUAGGCCAGGCCGCUGCUUCCCUCUGGAUACGUUUGGCUUUUGUUGUCCUCUGCCUUCUCUCUUUUCCCUGUAGAAGGGGCUUCUCCGACUGGAACUGGAGAAUGCAUGUUCAUUCCAUCAUACCCCUUGGGGGCUGCUGGGUGGGCUGGAACAGAGGUCCCUGCCCCGGGGGCCUGGCCUGAGCCUGUGUGCCGACUGUGACCUCUCACCAGCCCUGUCCCCUUGCCCUCUUCCCUUUAAGCUUCAUGCCUAACUGGUGAUCUGCCCCCUGGAUGCACUAAUAUUUGCUCUUCAUUUGCUUCUGGACUGGCCGUGAAGUGAGGAGAUGGUUAUUUAAUGAGAAUUCCCUAUUUAUUUGACGAAAAACAAAAACAAAAAAACCCAGUUAAUAUAUUAAUGUUAAAUAAACCCUCUUUGCACCUUGAUUUGUUCGCUGAAAAUGUGAAGUAGUAAAAAUGCAGUGACUGGA